AUGGAGUUUAUUGGCCGAGAACAGUCAGAUGAUGACUUUGAUGAUGUUCCAUUGUCAAAGUUUAAUGUUGAUAAAGUUGGAUCUUCUGGUGUACAGAAGGAGUUUACUGGUGGUUUUGACGUCGAUGGUGUGAAGCGUAAGAUGAAGGAUUUUAUUUCUAGGCAAAAGAAGACUGAUGAGUCUAUUGAAGUAUUGGAUAAGGUGUUGGAGGGUAGAUUCAAGGAGUUGCAGUUAAGUCUUCAGUCGUAUAUUGACUCAAAGAUCAGUGAAGGCUUGGUUUUUUUUAUGGAAUUGAAGUUUAAUGAGUUGAAGGAAGCUAUUGAAAAUGCAAAAAUUUCUAAAGAUGGAAAUGAUAGUCCUGAUGAGAGCGAUGGCAAGAAUGAUGAUUUAAAUGAUGUUGAAGUUUUUGAUGUGAAAAAUCAAGAUGCAAUUGAAACUGUUGGACUCGAUGAGAAUAUUCAAUAUACUCAGGUUUUUAAUGAUGAUGCUCCUUCAUUUGAUAUUAUGAGUUUUAUUUCUAGUAAACCUAAUUGGUUUACUGAAGAAAAAAAGAAUACUGAUAAAUUAAAUGAUGAAGAACAAAUUGUUGAUGAUCAUGGCCUUUUUAAGGAUGAUGUUAAAAAAUCUAAGGAGGAUGAAGAUGAUGGUGGAGAUGACCAGGCAAGUUUAUUUAUUUUUAGGGUUUGGGGGGGUGGUGAUGCUGUUAAAGCUAUUGGUUCAGAUGGGACAAAUAAAGACAAUGUUGAGGGAAAGAAUAUUGAAGAAGCAAAAGAUGUUGCAGAUGGGAGUAAUAAAGAUAAUGUUGAGGGUAGAGCAGUUGAUGUAGAUGCAAGUGUAAAUGAUGUUGAAGGUGUUGCUAGUAAGGGAAAGUUGUUUGAUAGUCAAGGAACUGAGGAUAGUAUCACUACUGAUGUUGUUGGUGUUGAGAAGAAACAUGGUUCUCAAGAAAGUUUUUUUGUAUCUACCAUGGAGGUUGUUAAUGAUCAUUUGGUUUCCUAUGAAGACGGUUUGGAAAAGGGAAAAUCUAUAAAAUUGGAGGAAGCAACUACUACAGUUGGAAAUAGAGAGAGGAAACCUAGUUCUGUAUACAACAGUCCGUAUACCACAGAAUUUGGUUCAGGUAGUAUUGGUAAACCAAAAGGUGGACGUCCUGGAUCAUGUGCUUUUGGCUUUGGCUUUUUCAAUGUAAUUGAUGAUGUGCAAUCUAAAUCUUUUGAUCAGUGGUUUAAGAUUGGGUUUAAUGAUAAAAACAAAGUGAAGAAGUUUAAAGAAUGUCAUAGGAAGCUUAAGGUUUCAUUGGAUUUUGUGGUUUGUCAAAUCGACGAUAAGAUGUGGUUCUAUGAUUUGCUUACUGUUGGGAAGAACUUGUCAUGCUCGCAUAUUGAUGUUUGUUUCUACUAUUUGAGAAAGAAGUUAAAGUAUGACCAGUCUGUGAAAAUUUAUGGUAACACUACUGAUUGCUUCUUUGCUUCUCAAAUUUUCGAAUUAUAUAAUGAGUUUGUUGCAAGUGGUGAAAAUGUUGAUUCGAUUAAGAAGGAUUCUAAGGCAGCUGCAUACAUAGCGGGGUUUUAUAUGUUAUGCAGUAAACCCUGGGCUGAGCUUGAUUUCGUUCUAAUGCUUGUUAACGUGAUUGUUCUUGCUCAGUGGAUAUUGUGUAUUCUUGACAUUAAGAUGAGAUGCUUAAAAGUGUUAAAUUCUAUGAGGUUUGGGAGGUACAAGAACAACUCAGAGAGUUUUGUUCGUGCAUUUGCUGUAAUAAUUCUUAUCUUGUUGUCACAUGUUAAUUUCUAUGAGGGGAGAAAAGAUAUUGACAGGAGUAGUAAGCACUGGCAAGGUAAAAAAGAUACUGAUGCGUUUGAUAUUGUUGUGGUUGAUAAUUUGCCACAACAAGAGGAUAGUGAUUGUGGUAUUUUUAUCAUAAAGUAUGCUCAUUUCUUUAUGCAUGGAUUGAUUGAUAAGAUUCCUAAGAAGUUGGACAUUGCAUUCACUCGUAAGAAGUUGUGUGUUGAUCUGUUUGUUCAUGCAAAGAAGAAGGAGUUGGGUGGGUACGAGUCUACUUCGGAGAAGCCAGGAAGGAUGCCAUAG